CCUCUUUUUUUCCACAGUGCAGAGGCGUCUUACAUCAGCCGAGCGAGUCCCGCUGAAGGCGACUGACAACUGGACGGCGGAGGACCGAGACGCCCGGUCGUCUCACUCCUGCUGGAAUAAACGAAACCAGUCGUCGAGCAAAUGGUCUGAAGACCGAGGAAGACUGAAGUUGUGGACGUCUGCCCGUUAGCGCGUGUUCAGGAUGAAGCACCUGUCAGACGCUCACUUCCUCCCGCUCGUCGUCCUCAACCUGCUGGGAGCCGUCACAUCGCAGGUCAACCCAGGUGUGUGUCGGUACGCCCUGGGGAUGUCAAGUGGGCGGAUACCGGAUGAGGACAUCUCCGCCUCCAGCCAGUGGUCUGAAUCUACUGCUGCCAGAUACGGCAGGCUGGACUGCGAGGAGGGAGACGGUGCGUGGUGUCCGGAGAUAACGGUCGAGCCAGACCACCUGAAGGAGUUCCUCCAGAUCGACCUGCGUUCGCUCCACUUCAUCACCCUGGUGGGCACCCAGGGCCGUCACGCCGGAGGAAUGGGCAACGAGUUCGCCCAGAUGUACAAGAUCAAGUACAGCCGUGACGGCAGUCGCUGGAUCUCGUGGAGGAACAGGCAGGGGAAUCAGGUGAUUCCGGGCAACGGGAACUCCUACGACAUCGCACUCAGGGACCUGCAGCCACCCAUCGUUGCCCGUUUGGUCCGCUUCAUGCCCGUCAUAGACCACUCCACCAAUGUCUGCAUGAGAGUGGAGCUCUAUGGCUGCGAGUGGCUGGAUGGUCUGGUGUCGUACAACGCUCCGGCGGGGCAGCAGAUGAACCUUCCUGCCUAUCCUGUUUACCUCAACGACUCGGUCUACGAUGGAGCCAUUAUCCACAGUAUGACAGAGGGCUUGGGUCAGCUGACCGAUGGCGUGUGUGGAGAAGAUGAUUUUACACUAAGCCACGUCCACAACGGAUGGCCCGGGUACGACUACGUCGGCUGGAACAACGAGAGCUUCUCCAGCGGAUUUGUUGAAAUCAUGUUUGAGUUUGACCGCAUAAGAAACUUCACCUCCAUGAAGGUCCACUGCAACAACAUGUUCUCGCAGCACGUCAAGGCCUUCCGGGAAGUGGUCUGUCACUUCCGCUCCGACUCCGACUGGGAGACCACGCCGCUCACCUUCAGCCCGGUGGAGGACGAGAAGAAUCCCAGCGCCCGCUUCAUCACCGUCACACUGGCCAAUCACAUGGCCAGCGCCAUCAAGUGCCAGUUCUACUUUGCUGACACCUGGAUGCUGUUCAGUGAAAUCACCUUUCAGUCAGAUACAGCGAUGUACAACACAACGCCGCCUUCCCCCAGUGAUGUAAUUCCAUCUAAUAAGCCAGGUGUCUCUCCUCGUCCCUCACCAGAAGAUGACCCCACCCAUAAAGUCGAUGACAGCAACACUCGCAUUCUGAUUGGCUGCUUGGUGGCCAUCAUCUUCAUCCUCGUAGCCAUCAUUGUCAUCAUCUUGUGGAGACAGGUGUGGCAGAAGAUGCUGGAGAAGGCCUCUCGUCGGAUCCUGGAUGAUGAACUAACUGCUAGUUUGUCAAUACAGAGUGAGACAUUCAGCUUCAAUCACGCCAACAACCGGCCAGGUACAACCGGUGAACAGGAGUCUAGUUGCACCUACGAGCGCAUCUUCCCGCUGGGUCCAGACUACCAGGAGCCGUCAAGCCUCAUAUGUAAGCUGCCGGAGUUCGCACAGAGCUCCGAGGAGCCUGGUUCGACCAGCAGCGCCGCUUCCAAAUCCACCACCCAAACUGUGGUGCAGGACGGAGCCCCUCAUUACGCUGAGGCCGACAUCGUCAACUUGCAAGGCGUGACUGGAAGCAACACGUACGCCAUCCCUGCGGUGACUAUGGACCUGUUGUCUGGGAAGGAUGUCGUAGUGGAGGAGUUCCCGCGAAAACUGCUCACAUUUAAGGAGAAGCUGGGAGAGGGCCAGUUUGGAGAGGUACAUCUUUGUGAAGCAGAGGGAAUGCAGGAGUUUAUAAAUGAGGAGUACUUGUUCGACGUCCCGGAGGGCCAGCCGGUGUUAGUGGCCGUGAAGAUGCUCCGUUCAGAUGCCAACAAGAACGCAAGGAACGAUUUUCUGAAAGAGAUCAAGAUCAUGUCACGUCUGAAGGACCCCAACAUCAUUCGUCUGCUGGCCGUGUGCAUCUACAGCGACCCUCUCUGUAUGAUCACAGAGUACAUGGAAAAUGGAGAUCUCAACCAGUUUCUGUCCCGCCACGAACCCGAGGGCCAACUUGCUCUCCUCAGCAACGCACCUACUGUCAGCUUCAACGACCUGUGCUACAUGGCUACCCAGAUAGCCUCGGGGAUGAAGUAUCUCUCCUCCCUGAACUUUGUCCACCGAGACCUGGCCACACGCAACUGCUUGGUGGGGAAAAACUACACGAUAAAGAUAGCCGACUUUGGCAUGAGCAGAAACUUGUACAGCGGCGACUACUACCGGAUCCAGGGCAGAGCGGUGCUGCCCAUACGCUGGAUGUCGUGGGAAAGCAUCCUGCUGGGUAAAUUCACCACAGCGAGCGACGUGUGGGCCUACGCCGUGACUCUGUGGGAGAUCCUGAACUUCUGCAAAGAGCAACCCUACUCCCAGCUCACCGACGAGCAGGUGAUAGAAAACACGGGGGAGUUUUUCAGGGACCAGAAGCGACAGAUCUACUUGCCUCAACCUGUGCUGUGUCCGGACUCGCUCUACAAGAUCAUGCUGAACUGCUGGAGGAGGAACGCUAAGGAGCGGCCCUCUUUCCAGGAAUUACACAGAGCCCUGUUGGAUUUACAACCUUAAACCCCGAGUCGUGUUUAAGACACUUCUUUCGAGUCUGUGCACAUCUCUGGAGAAAGCGAUGCCGCAUACACUGUCCAGGUCAAAGCUCUAUUCAUAUUCGACACAAAGACAGGAUGGGAGGCCACCUGCUGGCUCCAAGCUACAUGUUGGGGGACUGAAUACGGUUCUAAAGAUUGAUCUGUGUUCCAGUUAAUGCAAAGCUUUUUUUACUAAGUAUAACUUUGGACAAAGUACUUCACCGUCGUUCAAAAAGGGAGGCAUGAACUGUGGUGCAUGUGUGGAGGAAGCCAACAUUUAAAUGUAGCAAGAGACAUUCAGCACUUUUCAAACUAAACACAAAAAAUAAGGGAAUUUAUAUUUGGUCAUUUCUUUCUAUGUUGUAGCAAUAUUCUUGGUGAUUAAUCUCCUUCCGUUGUGGAGUUUAUUACCCUUACAGUAAUGCCACGUUUAUAAGGAAAAUGCAGUUGUGGGAUGAACAGCAGAGUUGAGCCCGGGAAAAACUUGCCUAAUCCUUUCUCCUAGUGCCAGGCAGCUUUGGGGGAGUUAAUGUGAUGCUGUGGAGCAGCAUCUACCUCACUGGGGAAAAAAA